AUGCUACUCGGGCUCUCGCUACUAGAAGACUUGACCAUCGCACGCUUAAUCAUUUGCGGUGACUCCAACCUGGUGCUUCGCCAAAUGCGAGGGGAGAUGGACUGUAAAUCUCCCGGAUUGAAGCUGUUGAGACAACAGGUUUGGAACGCGCUGCGUGAACGGCCCGGGCAUGAAUUUCUGCAUGUCCGACGGGAUUGGAACGCGAGUGCAGAUAUGUUGGCCGGACAGACGCUCCAACGCCAAGGAAGUAAAGAUGUCCAUAGCGUCGAGGUGAUGGAGGAUCUGAAGACGCUGAAUCGGUUGGGAGAACGUGAAACGCGCGGUACAGACGACCACGUCGCUGAGCUUGAAACGCGCGGUCCAGACAACGAGAGACGCGGGACGGGGAGAGUCUGUCCCGUGACCACCCGGUCGCGCGACGUACUCCACCAAACCACGCGGAGGCAGCCGGAAUCCUUGAAGGAACUACAGGUGCAACGACUGAAACUGGAUCGGGUCCGCACGGCGCAGGACGAAGAUGAAGAGCUCUUGCUGUACUACCACGUACGGGGAGACGAAUCGACAGAAGACCGGGACUUGAUCAUGAAGUUGGUCGUGCCAGAGACCCUCCAGCAAGACGUGCUACACCACUAUCACGCGAUACUAGAAGGCGGGCACCAAGGUAUAGGCCGAACGUACCGACACGGUUUCAAAACCGUACAGCGUCACGUCGGAGAGUGCGUCGACUGCGAGUCGGGCAAUUGCAGACCGACAAUCCAAAGGGAAUCUCCCGGGAAUAUCAUAGCGACGUAUCCAUUCCAAGUGGUCGCGAUGGACCACAUACCGUCAUUGCCCGCGCCACACAAGGGAAACACGGAGUUGCUAAUCUGGGUUGACCUGUUUACGUGUUUCGUUAUCGCGAAGGCAAGUGCGUCCCGAACCGCGCAGACAGUCGCCGAAUCAUAUGAGGAGGCAGUCUUCAUGCGUUUCGGGGCUAGUGAAGCUAUUCGCCACGACCGAGAGCUGGGCGUCAUCGACUCGCGCGUAUCGCCUAACGGGGCGGCGGAGCGCAUGUUGCAGACGAUCACGAGGGUCAUCAAGAUGUACAUCACGGACAACGAUCAGCGCGACUGGGACGAAUACGCAGAACGGCUCAUCUACGCCCUGAGUACCGCCCACGGUCGAACACGGGACGAAACACCGUUUUUCUUGGUACAUGGUUGGGACCCACGGUCCACCCUGGAAGCGACACUAGCGAUUGGCAACACCUCACAUCGAGACGUAGAAGCUCGACGAUGGACGAUGUGUAUACAGCGUCACUACAAGACCGCACGGGCACAAGCACUCGAGUUGAUCCGCGAAGCAGUAGACGCGCGGGUCACACGGCAGAACGCGCGCGACGGAACACGCGAUACGACGCGGAUCACAAUUCUGGCUGUAUCUUGA